UUCUAACGGUCAAGAACAACCUCAUAAGCACAAAGUAUCACUCCUCUCAGCUCUAAGUUACCAUUCUUGCAUUGACCUCUGUGCUUCUUCUUCCCCCUCAAAAGCCAAGGAACAGUGUAUAAAUCGCUCCUCGCAGAUGAAUACUGAAGGUAUGUAAGUUCCCAUUUCUUCAAAAUCUUGUAAUAGAAGUAGCUACUAUUCACAAAAAUCCAUUUUUUUUCUCGAAUUUUUCGAUGGAUUUUGGUGAAAGUACGCCGAAGAAGAAAUCGAAACAAUCCCUUAAUACAACACCCAUUAAGCAGCAAAACCCACUUCCCAUUUCCAGUUUAUCUCCUUCAGAUCCUAUUUACCCUAAAACCCCACAAACCCUAAACCCCACCAAUCGCCGCCGUUCCGUUCGCCUUAGCUCCACCCCUCAAACGCCGGCGCCGGCGCCUCUAUCGCCUCCAACUUCUUCCCGACGAGGUAAAUCUCUGAACUUUACUCCGAAAAAUGGUACCAAUUCAGCUAAAAGGAGGAAAUCUAAGGUUGCUGAUUUAACCCCUGUUUUGACACCGGGACUUACUGAAUCGAAGAGGAAAAGGAAAUGUGUAGAGAGAAAAAAUGUGGGUGUUGAGAAAAGAAGUGUUUCGAGGAGUUGUAAGAAGAGGGUGUAUUAUAAAAAAGUGGUUUUUGAUGGGGGGGAGUUUGGUGUGGGGGAUGAUGUAUAUGUUAAGAGGAGAGAAGAUGCUGGUUCGGACAAUGAGGAUCCCGAAGUGGAGGAAUGUAGGAUUUGUUACAAGCCAGCAGGGAGGGUAAUUAUGAUUGAGUGUGAUGAAUGCUUAGGAGGGUUUCAUUUGAAGUGUUUGAAGCCACCUUUAAAGGAGGUUCCUGAAGGGGAUUGGAUUUGUGUGUAUUGCGAGGCGAAGAAAUUAGGGAAAAUAGUGGAAAUGCCUGCACCACCCAAGGGGAAGAAACGGAUAAGGACUGCUAAGGAAAAGUUACUUGACAGUGAUCUGUGGGCGGCUCGUAUUGAGAGUAUAUGGAAAGAAGUGGAUGGUACAUAUUGGUUCCGGGCACAUUGGUAUAUUAUUCCUGAGGAAACAGAUGCAGGAAGACAGCCACAUAACUUAAGGAGAGAACUUUAUCGGACUAAUGAUUUUGCUGAUGUUGAGAUGGAUUCUGUCAUCAGACAUUGCUUUGUUUUGUCUCCAAAAGAAUUUGAGAAGGCAAGAAAUGAUGGAGAUGAUGUUUUCCUUUGUGAAUAUGAAUAUGACAUCCACUGGCAUAGUUUCAAGCGCAUUUCUGAGAUUGAAGAUAAUGCUGUGGAUGAUGAUGAAGCUGAGAAUGAUGGGGAUUGGAACUCUUGCGAAGAUCAAGACUCUGACGGGGAAGACGAUGUAGAAUAUAAACGGGAAAAACUAAGUAAUCUAUUAACUAGACCAUCUCCAGCUCAUCCUUUGGCUGCGAAUUCAAGAAAGGGUCGUUUUUUUGGACUACAAAAGAUUGGUGCAAAGAAGAUACCAGAACAUGUGCGGUCUCAUAAGCUUACUGAACUUGAGAAAGCAAAAGGAACCCUUUUGCUGGCAACUUUACCUAAGUCUCUACCUUGUAGGACUAAAGAAAUGGAAGAGAUAACUACAUUCGUAAAAGGUGCCAUAUGCGAUGAUCAAUGCCUGGGUAGAUGCCUUUACAUACAUGGUGUUCCUGGGACAGGAAAGACAAUGAGUGUAUUAGCAGUAAUGAGGAGUUUAAGGUGUGAAGUUGAUGCAGGGAGCAUUAAACCUUAUUGUUUUGUGGAGAUUAAUGGCCUAAAAUUGGCUUCACCCGAGAAUAUUUACAGUGUUAUUUAUGAAGCACUUAAUGGGCACAAGGUCGGUUGGAAAAAGGCUCUUCAUUCCUUGAAUGAGCGGUUUUCCAAUGUUGCUGAACAUAGCAAAGAGGAAAACCGGCCUUGUAUUCUACUUAUAGAUGAACUGGAUCUACUGGUUACCAGAAAUCAAGCGGUUUUAUAUAACAUUCUUGAUUGGCCUACCAAGCCACAUUCCAAACUGAUUGUUAUAGGUAUUGCAAAUACUAUGGAUCUUCCGGAGAAGUUGCUUCCGAGGAUUUCAAGUCGUAUGGGCAUUCAAAGACUUUGCUUUGGUCCCUAUAACUAUCAGCAGCUUCAAGAAAUUAUUUUAACUCGCCUCAAUGGAAUUGAGGCCUUCGAAAAACCUGCAAUUGAAUUUGCGUCAAGGAAGGUGGCAGCCGUUUCAGGUGAUGCACGCCGUGCACUAGAAAUAUGUAGGCGAGCUGCGGAACUUGCAGAUUAUCGUGUUAAGAAAUUGCUAGCAAUUCCCGAUUCUGCUGCAGCAGGUAAAAUGCUUGUCAGAAUGGCAGAUGUUGAAGCAGCCAUUCAGGAAAUGUUCCAGGCUCCUCAUAUCCAGGUGAUGAGAAGCAGCUCCAAGCUGAGUAAAAUCUUCUUGGCAGCUAUGGUUUAUGAGGGUCACAAGACGGGGAUGAGCGAGACCACCUUUGACAAGUUGGCAAUAACUGUUUCCUGUCUCUGUACAAGCAAUGGUGAAAAAUUUCCAGGAUGGGAUGUGCUUUUAAAAGUUGGAUGCAAGCUUGGUGAAUGCAGAAUACUUCUAUGUGAACCUGGAGUGAAGCAUAAACUGCAAAAGUUACAGCUCAAUUUCCCAAGUGAUGAUGUUUCAUUUGCCCUUAAAGACAGCAAGGAGUUGUCGUGGUUGGCUCGGUAUUUAUAACUCAUGAAACAACCCAUGAGUGUGGCUUAGAAGUCAGUGAUGUUGGAUUAAGAGCGAUGAGAUCUCAUACUCAAGAGGCAAAAAAGCACUAGGCGAUUUCUUUUCACUGUCCAAGCAGCUUUUAUGGAUAGAGUUACACAAUACAUGUGUUAGUACGAGGUAGCAGAUAUCAGUCGAGAUGCACGCGAGCUGGUAAGGACACCAUGGUUAAAAGAAAAGUAUCUCUGACUUGUGGAUGUUUGAGUUUGAUUGCUAUCUUUUUCCUUCAUUGGUUUCAUAUCCUUGUUCCCAAUCAAGAUUCUUCACAAGAACAAUCCUGUAUUUUCUUGUUAUCUAUGAACUUGUUAACAUUAUUUUACUUUAAUGUAUAGGGCCAAUUUCGGCGUUGUGAUUAAUGAAACUGUUUACCUGAUCAAAAAAAAGAAAAUUUCAUUGUGUUA